GAUAAAAGAUGUUGAGCUCUCCCUCUCUCAACUUCAACAGAGAAGAAAGCAUGCCUUGCAGGAAUUAAAGCAACUGACUGGAGAGACAUCAAAGAUGGAGAAGGAGAAGAGAACUCUGAGAGACAGCAGAGCAGAGCAGGAAUCUAUUAGCUGCCAGCUGAACGAGCUGCAAAGGCAGAGAGACUCCUGUAUCCUCGAGCACGGUGCCGGCAUGUCAGCGCUGGAGAGGAAGGAGCUGGAACGACAGCUGGACGAUGCCAAAGCAGAGCUGUUCGCUGAGCAGCGCCGUGCACGAGAGAAACUCGAGUCCAUACAAGAGAGGCUGGAGGAGACUCACGAGGAGCUCCAGAGAGUCACAGAGGAAGAGCGCUCGCUGAGGAGCAGGUGUGCUUCCCUGGAAGAAAAACAAAAGCAGAAAAAGGAACAGAUCCAGUUUUUCUCUCAGGCAGUAGAGUUUCAGGUUGGCAACCUGCAGGGGGAACUGGAAGAAUGCAAGAUCAGAGUGGGAACUCAGGACAAGAUGCUGGCCCAAAAGGAGCUCCAGAUGCUCGAUCUGCAUCAGCAUCGUGGGGCCUUACAAGCAGAGAGGGACGACCUGAGGGCGGAGCUACGGCACAUUACAACACAGCACUGCAGCGCACUGAAAGAGGCCCACGAGAAAGCCCACGGGAUGACGGAGGCAGCAUUGAAGCAGCAACAGAAACAUUUGGCUUUGGCUCACGAGCAGCACGUCCAAAAGGUGAGUAAGGAGACUAAAGAGGAGAAGGAAAACACGUUGAAAGAACACGCUCUGUUUUUCACACGACACAUUGAGUCCUUACAGAGUUCCAUUCAGGUCAGUGAGUUUCCCUGAAAAACAAAUCCUCUCUCACACAAUCUUCAUGUAAACUGUUGAGUUGUAUCCAAAGUGUUGGUGUCACUGGUGGUACUAAAACCUUUGGUAUUUUCACAAUACACAUGCAGUCAGUAAG